CCCCAGCCUGUCGCCAUCUUCCGCCUUGCUGAGUGUAGCCCGGAGAGUGUGGGACGUGGAGAAGUUACGAGAGAGGGAGUGAGUGGCGCUCCGCUGCUGCCGCCGCUGGUGCUGGUGAUGAUGAUGAACCCGGCGCCAGUGAUCCGCUCGGGCAGCCCCUGCUCCCCUCCAUCCCCGGGAGCAGAGCGGCUCAGCCCCCACGGGAUCCCCUUCCACAUCCAGAUCGGCCUGAGCAGGGAGCCCGUCGUCCUGGACUGCAGCCACUUCUCCCUCGCACAUGUCCGCGAAAUGGCCUGCUCCAUCGUGGACCAGAAGUUUCCUGAAUGUGGAUUUUAUGGAAUGUACGAUAAAAUCCUGCUAUUUCGACAUGAACCUAAUUCAGAAAACAUCCUACAGUUGGUGAAGGCUGCGACAGAUAUUCAAGAGGGAGAUUUGAUUGAAGUUGUCCUGUCAGCUGCUGCCACAUUUGAAGAUUUCCAGAUUCGACCACACGCCUUGUUUGUCCAUUCGUACAGAGCUCCUGCAUUCUGUGAUCACUGUGGAGAGAUGCUGUGGGGAUUAGUGCGGCAGGGACUCAAAUGUGAAGGAUGUGGUCUCAACUACCACAAAAGAUGUGCAUUCAAAAUCCCGAACAACUGCAGUGGUGUGAGGAAGAGACGCCUUUCCAAUGUUUCACUGACAGGGCUGAGCACUUCACGGUCCGUCUCUAAUGACCUGACGCCAACUGCACCAGAUGAGAUGUUGCUGCAGAAGACACCAUCUGAAUCUUUCAUUGGAAGAGAGAAACGCUCAAAUUCACAGUCGUACAUUGGUCGCCCCAUUCAAGUGGAUAAGAUUUUCCUUUCCAAAGUUAAAGUGCCUCACACAUUUGUAAUUCAUUCCUACACUCGUCCCACUGUUUGUCAGUACUGUAAGAAACUGUUAAGAGGCCUUUUUAGACAGGGCGUGCAGUGUAAAGAUUGCAAGUUUAACUGUCACAAACGUUGUGCCCCAAAAGUGCCAAAUAAUUGCCUUGGUGAAGUGACUAUUAAUGGAGAUUUGCUUAGUCCUGGUGCAGAAUCAGAUGUAGUAAUGGAAGAAGGAAAUGAUGACAAUGACGUUGAAAAGAACAGUGGAUUUAUAAAUGACAUGGAAGAGUCUAUAUCUCACGACUCUGAACUAUUAAUCCCAGAGAGUCAUGGUGACAACGGUGAUAUGCAGGACCAUGAACAGGAUGAUGCAAACCGCACAAUAAGCCCUUCUACAAGUAAUAACAUUCCUUUGAUGAGAGUGGUCCAAUCUAUUAAACACACAAAGAGGAGGAGUAGCACUGUGCUGAAGGAAGGCUGGAUGGUUCACUUCACAAACAAGGAUACCCUGCGAAAAAGACACUAUUGGAGACUAGAUAGUAAAUGCAUCACCCUAUUUCAGAAUGAUACAGGAAGCAAGUAUUACAAGGAAAUUCCACUAUCUGAAAUUUUAUCUCUGGAACCCGGAAAAAACUUUAACUUAUUACCUUGUGGAGCCAAUCCUCACUGUUUUGAAAUUACCACUGCAAGUAUGAUGUAUUUUGUUGGUGAAAACCUGACCAAUCAUUUGAGUUCACCUAAACACAGCAGUGUGUUGACAGGUGGCACUGGGAUAGAUGUUGCCCAGAUGUGGGAGUUGGCCAUCCAACAUGCCUUGAUGCCAGUCAUUCCAAAAGGUUCAUCUUCAGGAUCCGUGCACAGUCUGCAUAGAGAUGUAUCCAUCAGCAUUUCAGUGUCAAACUGCCAGAUCCAGGAGAAUGUGGAUAUCAGCACAGUGUACCAAAUAUUUCCAGAUGAAGUACUGGGAUCUGGUCAGUUUGGAAUCGUUUAUGGAGGCAAACAUCGCAAGACAGGGAGAGAUGUAGCAAUCAAAGUAAUUGAUAAGCUAAGAUUUCCAACAAAGCAAGAGAGUCAGCUUCGGAAUGAAGUUGCCAUUUUACAGAAUCUGCAUCACCCUGGCGUGGUGAAUUUGGAAUGCAUGUUUGAGACUCCCGAAAGAGUGUUUGUUGUCAUGGAAAAGCUCCAUGGAGACAUGCUAGAAGUGAUCCUGUCAAGCGAGAAAGGACGUCUGCCAGAACGUAUAACAAAGUUUCUUAUUACGCAGAUACUUGUUGCUUUGCGACAUCUUCAUUUUAAGAAUAUAGUUCACUGUGAUCUGAAACCUGAGAAUGUGCUGCUUGCAUCAGCCGAUCCCUUACCACAGGUCAAACUUUGUGACUUUGGAUUUGCACGUAUAAUUGGAGAGAAAUCUUUCAGACGUUCUGUGGUGGGAACACCAGCAUACUUGGCUCCAGAAGUACUUCGAAACAAAGGUUAUAAUCGAUCGUUAGAUAUGUGGUCUGUAGGAGUCAUCGUCUAUGUCAGUCUCAGUGGCACCUUUCCCUUUAAUGAGGAUGAAGACAUUCAUGAUCAAAUCCAGAAUGCUGCUUUCAUGUAUCCGCCUAAUCCAUGGAAGGAGAUUUCCCUUGAAGCUAUUGAUGUCAUCAAUAAUCUACUGCAAGUGAAAAUGAGGAAACGUUUUAGUGUGGACAAGUCUCUCAGUCACCCCUGGUUGCAGGACUACCAAACAUGGUUGGAUCUACGAGAGCUUGAGUGCAAAUUUGGAGAACGCUAUAUCACACAUGAGAGUGAUGAUUCCCGUUGGCAACAGUUUGCUGGAGAGCAUGGUUUGGAAUAUCCAAUGCACCUAGUCAAUCAUAAAACUGAUUGUACUGAGAACACUGAGGUAGAGGAGGCAGAAAUGAAGGCUCUAAGUGAACGUGUCAGCAUUCUUUGAAACAAAAUCGGAAUCAAGUGUUGUAGCAAGUGUAUCAGCAAGUGAAAAGAACUUAUGUCAGGUAACUGCAACUUCUACUCCAACCACAACGAGGAGGGAAUGCUUGCUAAUUUCUACUGGUGAAUGUAAACUUGCAAUGCAGCUGCUGUUCUAAUAGCUUCAUCCCCAGUUCAAUAAUGAAAUCGUAUUGUACUGAGACUUUCAACUUUGACAAGUUCACUUAUUGCAUUCAAGCAACAUUGUGUGUAUAUUUUUGUGUGUGGGCGACUAUGUUCUUGUACACCCUGUGCUAAUGGCAAGCACUAAAUCAAAAACCUUUAAGUGAAUAGAUUGUAUUUUUCUCAUUCCAUAAACAGUUUCCAGUGUGCCUUUCCAUUUACUGAUAAUGCAGCCUGAGUUGGGGGUAAGAACUAACUUGUAAAUUUUGCUUUAUAAAAUGUUUUUAACCUCUUUAAGUAUUUAGCUACAUAACAACUCUUGGAAGAGUGUAACAUUAUAGCUGUUCUGUGAACAAUUUUCAGCUUGUUAAGAACAAAGGAUUUUUAAAACAUACGUGCAACCAUUGGGAUAAUUAUGUUCAAAAUGUAUAGCUUAUCAGCAACAAACUGUAAUGAGGGAACAAUACUCAAGAUGUACAACAAUUGAAGACUUCUUUAAAUAUACAAAUGUGAGCUGCUCUUGUAAGCCUCAAUGCCUUAGUAACAGUGUCUCUAAAGGAUUGGUUAGGUCAAAUUCUGCUACUUUCUUUAUGUUGUAGCAUUUUAACUAAAAAUUGCUUGAUACCACAUGGUUUCUUGUUUAGAAGAUUUGAAUUAAUGGAAAUGUUGUCAGCCUGUGUCUAACAAAGAAAUUUUGUGUCCAAGUGGCUUUCAAUAUUUAUUGCCACAAGUUCAAAAUUAAAGAUGGAAUGAAACUUUUG